AUGGAAAGGAAGGGUUGUGUGGGAUUGGGAUUUGAGUUAGGUAGGAUCCCUGAACUUAUAACAUUUUUGCAGGAAACCACAGGUGAAGAUCUAGUUCAGUUAUCAGGCAACUGCGAAGAGACUCACUCUUUACCUCCGGAAAUUGUGGAGUUCCUCGAGGACUACUGUGAGACACAUGAGUCAAGAACUCCAGCUGCAACAGAGCCACAGAUCUAUACCCCUCUGACUGCCCGUGGUGACGAGAGCCAACAUGAGUCCAUCCAGAACCAGGUGAUGACUCCUAUGAGGCCCAAAGUGAUGAUUUCUGCAUAUUCGAAUAUCCCUGGGACAGUGCUUGACCAGAACUCAACAACAUUCCCUGUCAAUGCCUUUGGUAUACCCCCUGGAGAACUAAGUGAGACUGCCUCCAUGGACCAGAAGAUGACCUCCUUUGAUCAGAAAAAACCCACAGCAACCUCCUGGAUGAUAGGUGCUACUGACAACCCAAAGACAUUGUUCACCGAUUGCCAAAAGACAACCAUCACUGCAAACAACAUGACAAUCUCCAAAGAAGGUAGCCAGAUGAAGGCCCUCAGUGAUGAACAGACUGUCUAUGGAGGCCAGAUCCCCUUCAGUGGGGACCAGACCCGUUAUGGAGGCCAGAUCCCCUUCAGUGGGGACCAGACCUGUUAUGGAGGCCAGAUCCCCUUCAGUGGGGACCGCACCCGUUAUGGAGGCCAGAUCCCUUUCAGUGGGGGCCAGACCCGUUAUGGAGGCCAGAUCCCCUUCAGUGGGGACCGCACCCAUUAUGGAGGCCAGAUCCCUUUCAGUGGGGGCCAGACCCGUUAUGGAGGCCAGGUGCACUUAGGUGGAGACCAUACCCGUUAUGAAGGCCAGAUCACCUUCAGUGGGGACUGGAUUCGUUAUGGAGGCCAGAUCACCUUCAGUGCGGACCCGAUCCGUCAUGGAGGCCAGAUGUUCUUAGGUGGGGACCAGACCCGUUAUGGAGGCCAGAUCCCCUUCAGUGGGGACCAGACCCGUUAUGGAGGCCAGAUGUUCUUAGGUGGGGACCAGACCUGUUAUGGAGGCCAGAUCCCCUUCAGUAGGGACCAGACCCAUUAUGGAGGCCAGAUGUUCUUAGGUGGGGACCAGACCCAUUAUGGAGGCCAGAUCCCCUUCAGUGGGGACCAGACCUCUUAUGGGGGCCAGAUGGCAGCUCUUAAAGGGGGCUAUCCAGUGACCUUCACUUGUAACCAGACCUUCACUGGGGGCCAGGUGACAACAUACAACAGUGACCAGACUCUCUAUGGGGGUCAGAUGGUGACCCUUAAGGGGGACCAGAUGAGAGCUUUCAAUGAUGACCACACUCUCUAUGGAAGCCAUAUGAUGCCAUGUCAAUCGUCAUCAUUGCCAUACCCAGGAUUACUGUACUGUUCAAGUUCCCAUUUGACCCAAGGACAAUGCCUGGAAGAGCAGAAGUCAGAACUCAAAACCCAGAGAUGUCAGUUCAAGAAGAAUCUUGACAUUUCAAAGCCCUACAUUUGCACGUACCAGGACUGUAAGAAGUCAUAUUCAAAGUAUUCCUAUCUCCAAAUCCAUAAGCGCAAACACACUGGGGAGAAGCCCUACAAAUGCAACGUGAAGGGAUGCACCUGGGAAUUCGCCCGUUCAGAUGAGCUCAAGAGACACAACAAAAGGCACAGUGGGGAGCGACCCUACACGUGUUCUCUGUGCAGCAGGCGUUUUGCGCGAUCUGACCACUUAAAGCAGCACCAGAAAGUCCACCAGUGA